AUGCGUCCUUACUCGCGAUUCAAUAGAGGCUACCACUAUAUACUCACUAUUAUCGAUGUGUGGAGCAAAUAUGCGUGGGCUGUACCGAUGAAGAGCAAGAGCGGUAAAGAAGCAGUGGCAGUGUUCGCCAGGAUAUUUCAAGAAUCUGGAAGAUGUCCGAAAAAUUUGCAAACGGACCAGGGAAAAGAAUUUUAUAAUGCGGAUCUGCAGAAACUCCUUAAAAAACACGGUAUCAAUCAUUAUUCUACGUACUCGAACGACAUGUGGAAAAUGUUUACGUUGAAUGGAACAUACAAAUGGAUCGACUCGUUACCACACCUUAUCAUGGAGUACAACACACGGAAACAUCGAACUAUCGGCAUGCGUCCUAUCGAUGUGACACCCGAAAUCGCUGAUAAGCUCCUACACACAGUCUACAACAAC